GGCAGCGCUCCGGUCGGAGUAUAGUUUUUGAUAUUCGUGGCACGCGGAUAUCUACCAUGACGAAAUUGUAAACGGACCACGGCGGCAACGGUAUAAUAGCGGCGUUUGUUGCGUUGCGUUUUACUGUGCUUUUAUAAAGCUAACGCCGGCUGGACGAGGGGGAUUAAUCGGCGACGCGGGCCAAAGACUUAGUUAAAUUUUGGAGAGUAAUCAGACACACGUAAGAUGUCUUCGCCUAACAAGAAGACGAAGAAGUUGGAGGAUCCAGGAUCGGGGGACGGAGACGCUCGUGAUUACGAUUUAGAGACGCAAAAGGCCCUCGAGGAGAUCGACGGAUGCCAGAAUCAAAUCGAUGGACUAAACGAGAAGGCCAGCGACGAAAUACUAGAAGUUGAGAAGAAGUACAACAAGCUGCGAAAGCCCUACUUCCAAAAGCGAAACGAGAUCAUAAAGAGGAUACCAAACUUCUGGGUCACCGCUUUUGUAAAUCACCCCCAAAUAGCACCAAUUCUUGAAGAGGAGGAAGAGGACGCGUUGCGGUAUUUGAACAAAUUGGAAGUCGAGGAAUUCGAGGAUAUAAAGUCGGGCUAUAGAAUUAAUUUUUACUUUGACGAAAAUCCGUAUUUCGAGAACGACGUACUCACCAAGGAAUUUCACCUCGGCUCUUCUGGAGAUCCAGCGUCGCAAAGUACGCUUAUACGCUGGAAAGAGGGGGGCGACUUGACCAAAAGAGCAAAAGAUAAGGGUUCCCUCAAGGGGAGGAAGAGGCCGCUCGUAGGUCACAGAACAUUCUUCGACUGGUUCACGGAUCACGGUGAUCCAAGCUCUGACGAUAUAGCAGAGUUAAUCAAGGACGACAUGUGGCCCAAUCCUUUGCAGUAUUAUCUGGUUCCGGAUAUUGACAUUGAAAAUGGGAUCGAGGGCGACGGCGAAGAAGUCGACAGCGACGAGGACGAGGACGAGGACGGCGAAGACGGAGAGGACGGCGGCGAGGGAGAGGAGGGCGACGACAGUAUAGUCGUAGUGGAGGAUGACGCCGACGAGGAAGACGAGGAGGAAGAAGCGGACGGCGAGGGGGAAGGCGCGAACGAAGAGGGUGACAUGAUGGCGGAAGAUGACGCGGAACAGGAAGACGGGAAGGAGCCGGAAUAAGCAGACAAUUAUUAUAGAUCCUCAGAUCGGUUACUCCGUGGAUGGAAAAUCGGCAAAAAACAUGAUCCCAAUCAUAAUACGAUAAAUAAUGGUGAACCGAUGGAACCCCGGAUUUAAAACUGCGGUUGUUCCUCGGGGCAGAAGUGUAACAAAAGAAACAAAAACACACCGGCAAACAAACAAGAGGAAAAGAAAGACAAAAAUAAUGAAAAAUAAACAAAUAAAGAAAAUCCGCCUGAUGACAUUCUAUGAUACACAUUAUAUAUAUAUAUAAUAAUAAUAAUUAACGUUAACGAUAAUAGGGUAGGCUUAAACUUAAGUCGGUGCAUCGGGCGGGUUUUUUUUUUUUUUUUUUUUCUCACACGGUCGAUUACCGUUCUACACCACAAAUGCCCCUGAAAAAUAUAAAAAAACAUUGAUAUGAUCCGCGUUCCUUUUCUGAAACAAGGCACGUUGGUCAUCGGCGUAGAACCUACGCGACGGUUUUUUAAAACUAUCCGUUUUAAAUCUUCGGUCUGUCAACAGGUCAAUUGUGAAUACCUGAGCGAUCGAAGUGAAUUGGAAACUGAAGCGGUAUCGAAAUUGAAUUCAUUAAUAAAAUGUGAACGCAUCUACCAACGUGCCUUGUCAAACCCUCUUCCGACUUUCGUACACCUCCUCGAUCCCCAAUUUUUCAUUACAAUUAAAAUGAUUGAUCAAUAUUUAUGCAUACAUUACUAAAUAGUAUAAUAUUACGACGAACCUUAAUCGACGUCAGUUUUAUCAGAAUGGUUUUGUUCGUUAUUGAUUACUUCUUUAUUGCCUGAGAGCAAAAAUCAAGAAGAACCAUGAAUUCGUAUCCAGAAUUUAAAUUGAAAUCUUCAAACGGAAACUCAAUAAAUUCUUUUUAAAACUA